AUGACUGAGGAUGAAGCUAAAUAUUGGGCGAGUACAUCACCUAUAACAAAGUGUGAUACAUCUAAUCAGUUUUCAACGAUAAAAGAUAUUUCUCCUGAUGUUUUAUCACCUGAUGGUCUGUAUUUUAAAACUAAUAAUGAAAUAAAUACAGAAAUGGAAGAUCAUUUAUCAUUAUCACCUAAACAAGUAAUUGAAACACAAGAGAAACAAAUGUUAGAAAAAGACGGAAUACGUCAAAAAUCUGAUGUGUUUCAAUUGAAUGAAAACAUGGAAUCGGAUGAAAGUUAUCAUGAAAAAAGUAUGAGUUUUUUUGAUCGAUUGCUUCAUCAAUUAACAAGACCAUCAGCUUCAGAAUUGGAUUACAACGAUAAUCAAGUCUUUUCAGAAGUCAAUCACAAUGAAUCAAUCAAUAAUGGAAAUCAAUCCAGCAAUAAUAUUUCAAUCUUCGGUACUAUUCGAUCGUUUAUUGGAGAACUCAACGAAGAAAAAGAUUAUAUUAUAGGAACAAUCGAUGAACAAACAUUAGUUAAUCGAAGGCAAAGUCGAAAAGCGAAGUCUAUAAUAUCAUUAGUUAUAAAAAACCAAGCGCCUUAUAGUUGA